AUGCCGGACAUGCCAUCGGCUCCAGGACCUGUGAGCUGUGGGGGUGGUGGCGGCAAGCAGGGCAAGGGCAAGGGCAAGGCCAAGGGCAAGGCAAAGAACCAAGGUGGCAGCAACACAAAGGGUGAUGGCAAGGGUGAGAAUAAGGGCAAGGGAAAGGGCAAGAACAAGGGUGAGGGUGAUGAAGAGCAGCCCAAAGUCAAGACCGCAACCCAGGCCAUGAAAACGGCAGCCGACCAGAUCCUGGAAUGCAGAAGCUGGGAGUCGACCCUUGCAAGCUCCGAUACGCCACCGGCUCUACGAUCGGCAAUCCUCGUCGACGUGACAAAGUUUGUCGAUGCGUUGGAGAAUGCGCGCAAGGAUGUGGAGGACAAGCAUGGCAUUGUCUUCUCUCAGGAAGACCUUGCUGGGUUCUGGGCACACUGGAGGCAGCAUAUGCCACCACACCCCGCCACUGAUCUGCAUGUGCCAGUUGGACUUGCUGGAGAUGACACACAGUACAACCUUGCUGGGGCAAAGCUGAUUGUGAAUCUACUUUCUUUUCCGCUAUACAACCCUGCAUCAUCAAAGCUCUGUCGCUGGCCUUACUUUGUGCUGCGCUAUGAACUGAGCAUUGGUGAACGCACAUUAGAUCCGAUCUGGCGUGUGGCUGCUUGGUCACUCAACAUCGCCUUUACCGGAGUACAUCCGGCACGUGGACCAUGUGGCGAGGCUUGGCCGAAAGGCUCUGCACGGGCAAAACUUGCUGACAAAAAGAUGCCAUGCAGCUACACCCUCACUGAGCUGCGAGGAGAUUGGAAGUACCACCGAGAGACAUUUGGUCUGAAAAGACACUACAAUGCCAAUGCUAUAUGCCUCUUUUGCAGUGCAUCCAAGCGGAGAGGUUCACAGGCUUUGGGAACUUUGCAAACUUCCAGAGGCUUUCACCCAUUCAUGGUGAAGCUGUGCUCAAUGCACAUGAGCAAUUUGGGGGCACUUCAAUGGGUGAAUGCUGGUGUACUCCUCGGCCUCUUGGAAAGAGGUUUCUUUGGUGAUCCAGUACGACUGCCACUCGGCCAGCGCCUUCAGAUAGUGACCAUUCGCUUCCGCAGAUGGUGCAGCAUUCAUGGUGUUCUGCAAUCACAGCCAUUCUUGACAGUGGGAAUGUUGCACUUGUCAUCACCACAAGGGCCUGAACUGACAUUGAAGGCUUAUCAUGGCCGUGUCUUUGUCCAGUUCAUGGCUGCUUGUUGUCAAGCUUUGCUGCAGCAGUGUGGGAACAAUGACGAUGAACUGGUACUGCUGCAGGCAGUUUCGCAUGGCUUUGCCAGCUGGCAUCUUCGUCUGGAAGCAUUUCCACGUGUCCUCACUUAUGGGCAGGCGCGCGAACUGCGGACAUCCAUGGAUGAGAAUCUGAGAGUGUACAAGCUUCUUGCAACCAGACACUCUGCCGCUGGAUCACUCAGAUUCCCACUUCGGCCGAAAUUGCACGGGCUGCAGGAAAUCUGCUAUUUUAUGGAACAGCAUCUGAUUAGUUGCCGCUUCUGGCACACUUUCCGCGACGAGGAUGCUAUGGGCUUCACCAAGCGGGUGUGCAGAAGGGUCCAUAAAGGGCUUCUUGAAGUGCGGACGCUUUGCAGGCUCCUGAUGCGCUACCGGAGUGAGGAGCACUGA